CUCUUCAGUUUACUGCAAACCGUUGCUUUUAACUUGUUUCUCUGUAUCCGUGCUGAGAGUUUUAUUCAUUAUUUUUAUUAUUAUUAUUAUUAUUAUUAUUAUUAUUAUUAUACUUUCACGGGGCUAGUAGUUCUUAUAGACAAGUAAUUUUUUUUCUCUCUCCUUAAAGUGACUAUUACAUGACAAAAAAAAAAAAUUUUUACAAAGUGAUUAUUAUAUGUGUCUUCAUUUUUUUUUGGUUCUAUAAAUAAAUGACAAACAUACAUACAUACAUAGACGUGAUCUCUUGGGUGGAUACUCGCGACGAUUCACAUGAGAAAGUCUCUCCCCAUAGAAGCAGAUUCACUGUUCGUUGACCAUCAGGAUAAUUCUCGAGACAUAAUCACACUCGCCAGGAAAUCCGUUCGCUCUAAAAGAAGAUCUUGAUGAAGGAGUUUUCAGUGACACUAUAUAAAAAUUUGCAAUUUUGAUGAUUGCGAUUAAGGAGAAUGCGACAACGAAAACGAAAGCACAAAUUAAAAGUGGGCUAAUUUUUUAAAAAGCAAAGAAAAAAAUAAUUUAAAAAAAAAAAAAAAUGAGGCUAAGCCCAAUUGUAAUAUCGGCAGCGACUGCAUGGGCUGGUCAAACAUCGGGUUUACAACAUCACGAGCAACGUCGUGGUGUGGCUAAUGGUGAUUACUAUUAUCAUCAUCAACAACAAAAAAUGGCAUAUUUUUCUGGAUAUCGUCCUGAAUUGUCGACAGAAUUUUUUUUGGUACCAGUGAACAUUGGUGGUGAUCGUGUUAGUGGUGAUCGUGGCGAUGCAAGUGUCGCUAGUGUUGUCAGUGUACCAGCACCAAAUCAUACAAUAUCAAUAUAUCGUGGUCCAGGUGGUCAUCGUUCAACAUCAACAAUUGAUACGACAAAAUUAAAUAGUGCCACGAGACUUUGGCCAUUAAUAAGGCCACAUCCAUGGGCACUACCACUUGUUGCAUUUAGUGCUGUGACAAUGUUUUUAAUGGCGAGUUUUGAAAUUUUUGUCCUCUGCAAAGCAAGAACCACAGCUCCAAGUAGACGGCAUUUGUUCUUGGGUCAAGCACUUUUAUUGGGUCUUUUUUUCUUAGCUGGCCUCUCAGCCGCAGCAUCAAUCACACCAAAUCUUUUAUCGUGUGCGGCUUUCAGACUCGUUGGACUGCCGGCAGCUCUUGUUUUCGCUGCCCUCCUUGUCAAAUGCGUUUUUUUACUUUCACUAAACAGUGGCGUUUAUCUACCAGCGCCUUAUCAGGCAUUGGUACUGAUCUUUGCUGUUCUCGUGCAAGUAGCAAUUAACGCACAAUGGUUCUAUGGUGAACCACCAGCUGUAAUUUCAAAUCAAAACGCAAGUCGUACCUCAUUUGGAUCAGCGUGCAAAACACCCGUCAGCCAUACUCUCGCUUCUCUAGGAUAUCCAAGUACGUUACUUGUUGCUGUUACGUGUCUGGCGGUAAGAGCACGUGGUGUACGUGAUAAUCAUAGAGAGGCGGCAUUUAUUGGUCUUGCUGUUGGUCUCUCACUACCAACAUGGAUUGCAACGGCAAUUGGUGCACUAACUGCACCGGAAGAUGUUCGUGAAGCAUGGGUCGCCUUUGGAUUAUUGUCAACGUCAUUUCUUGUUUUUUUGACAAUGUUUCUGCCAAAGGGACGUCAACUUGCCGCACUUGGUAGGGAAAAUUCGGCAGCAAUAACUGCCGCAAUGCGUGAUCGUGAGGAACAACUAAGUUGCAGUUCACUACCAGGCAGUGGUUAUUCGCCAUCAUUUUUUCAUUUUAAACCCGCUGACACGAGUUUAAAACGAAAAGUCGACUAUCACAGUACUGAUCGUGUGGCAUUGGUCUCUUCCGGUAUUCCUCGAUGCAAUGCAUGUAGACACGGAAGCAGUCCAAUUUACUCUGACGAUGUACAUGGAGGAAUGGAUCCUUUUGUAAUGUCACAUGGGGUUUAUUUAAGGCCCGAGGACGUUGGUAAUCUUUACACAACGCUUUCAACCAAUCCGAAUGUUUUUUUCCAAAGGGCACAUCCGGGAAUGAUGUAUUAGUGGAGAAAAAAAAGAAAUACUCAUUAAAUUUUUAUAAACUGUACAUAUAUAUAAUAAUGCAUUUUUUUAUAUUUUCAAAAAAUAAAAAAAAAAGAAACUACUUUAUAACUGUAAAAUGAAAAAUAUAAACAUUUCGACGAAUA